GUGACGCCACUCAGGCGCGUCCCUCUGGCGCCGUAGCCGGGACCUGGUGUUGGGCAGUACCUGCACAGUGGUUCUUGAGCUCUAGCGGUUGCCGGUCGAUUGUUGCCAGUUGCCAGUUGCCAGUCGUUUUCGGAAAGCCGGCAGCGGCUUUUUCACCGGGUUCUGCUUGAGGCCGAGCCAAAGAGUGGCUGUGACUCGGGAGACGGAGUGGAACACCCAGCUGGGCAGGCCCAGUCCUAUCUCCCGCGACCCAGCACCGCAGGAUCAAACCGUGCCUCUACGGGGUGUGGCUGGAGAGGAAGAGUCCCGCCUGGGAGCCGUCGGAGCAGCCCUGCAGAACGGGGUGGGGGCUGCUAUACAUAGACCCUGACGCCCCGAGAACUGCUGGGAGGCUGUGGCGCGAGGUGGAACUCAAAUGCUGGAGGAAGGAGGUGAGGAGUGGUAGAGGGAGCGAUCGUCAAGAGAUCGGCUGCUGCUUCGUUUGCCCACGACUGCCGCUGUGUGAGCCGGAUCAGAACUCUUUUUAUCUCUCUUACAGUACUGCCUUCCCCAGACCCUGCCCUUCCCCAAGAGGAAAAUACAGGAGAGGAAGGAAUGGCUGCUGGUCUCCUCACAGCUGGGCCCCGGGGAUCCACAUUCUUCAGCAGUGUGACAGUAGCUUUUGCACAAGAAGGGUGGAGGUGCCUCGUGUCUACUCCGAGGGAGAGGUACAAGGAGGGGAUACCAGAAAAGUCCAGGAACCUUGUCCUACUAGGACUUCCAGUUUCCCAGCCUGGCAUGAACUCCCAGUUGGAACAAAGGGAAGGCACAUGGAUGCUGGAGGGCGAAGACGUGCGAAGUCCCUCUCCAGGCUGGAAGAUUGUAUCUGAAUCACCACUACAGCAAGCCCUUUCUGAAGAAUCAUUCCAAGACCCACAUGUAGAGAUGCCCCCUGGGGACUCAGACCACAGGACCAGUGAGCUUGAGAAGAGCUUCAGCCUGAGACCAGUCCUCUCUCCGCAACAGAGAGUGCCCGUGGAAGCGAGACCUCGCAAACGUGAGACGCACACCAAGCGCUUCAAGAACUCGGAAACCACGAAACCUCACAGAGCGAAACCGUAUGCAUGUAAUGAAUGUGGCAAAGCCUUCAGUUACUGUUCUUCCCUUUCUCAGCAUCAGAAGAGCCACACUGGAGAGAAGCCCUAUGAGUGCAAUGAGUGUGGGAAGGCCUUCAGCCAGAGCUCCUCUCUCAUUCAGCACCAGAGGAUUCACACUGGAGAGAAACCUUACAAGUGCAGUGAAUGUGGAAGAGCCUUCAGCCAGAACGCCAACCUCACCAAACACCAGCGAACUCACACCGGAGAAAAGCCCUACAGAUGCAGCGAGUGUGAGAAAGCCUUCAGUGACUGCUCAGCUCUUGUUCAGCAUCAGAGAAUUCAUACCGGAGAGAAGCCCUACGAAUGCAGCGACUGUGGGAAGGCCUUCCGUCACAGCGCAAACCUCACGAACCACCAGAGGACUCACACUGGGGAGAAGCCCUACAAGUGCAGCGAGUGUGGGAAGGCCUUCAGUUACUGCGCAGCGUUCAUUCAGCACCAGAGGAUUCACACCGGGGAGAAGCCCUACAGAUGUGCUGCGUGUGGGAAGGCCUUCAGCCAGAGUGCAAACCUCACAAACCAUCAGAGGACUCACACCGGGGAGAAACCCUACAAGUGCAGCGAGUGUGGGAAGGCCUUCAGCCAGAGUACGAAUCUCAUAAUCCACCAAAAGACCCACACCGGGGAGAAGCCAUAUAAAUGUAACGAAUGUGGGAAAUUCUUCAGUGAGAGCUCAGCCCUCAUUCGACAUCACAUAAUCCACACCGGAGAAAAACCUUAUGAGUGUAACGAGUGUGGUAAAGCGUUUAACCAGAGCUCAUCCCUUAGUCAGCAUCAGAGAAUCCACACGGGCGUGAAACCCUAUGAAUGCAGCGAGUGUGGGAAGGCCUUCCGGUGCAGCUCUGCCUUCAUCAGACAUCAGAGACUCCACGCCGGAGAGUAACCAGGAACAUGGUGGAAGUGGAGAGUCCUGGACAUGCCGACUCAGGACAGAUGGGUGAGGACCUGAGAAAUGCUAAAGGCUCGAAAGCAUCUGAAGACAUCUAACUUAGAGUCUGCAGCCCAGAGCCACAUGCAAUUCAGUAAAUAGCCACUAUUUCACAUGCUGU